AUGGCUGACGCGAUGGACGAGGAGGCAUUGAUCGAUGCCGUGGCCGUCCUCAAGCUCGCAAACCCUGGCGCGACCGCAAAGGAGGUGCACGAUCUGCUGACCAAGCUGGACGGCUGGGCCGACGAGUCGCUCAGUCGUGUGAAAAAGGCCUGCUCCAAAGCUGGGAAACGCGGGCUCACAGAGAAGCAGGAGCAGUGCACGGGCGCCGCCGAGGCCAUCCGCCCGGAAGCGAAUCGCUUUCCUGUCGUUGACGAGGCGGCUGCGCGGGCUGCCGGCCUGAACGACACUGGGAUGGCGACGCUGCGGCGCUACGAAGCGGCCGCCACGGCGGGCGAUGUGGAUAUGCAGUAUCGGCUCGGCUGCAGCGAUGAGAUGAUCGGCAUCGGGCCAGCCACCACGUGGUUGCGCAUCGCCGCCGAAGGAGGCCACGCGAAGGCCCAGUACAACCUCGCGUGCGCGUACAAGAGCGGUGAGGGUGCUCCCGUCGAUUACAAGGAGUCGGCACGAUGGAACCGCGCGGCCGCCGAGCAGGGGCAUACGGAGGCGCAGUGCAAUCUCGGACUGUCGUACUGCAAGGGCCAAGGCGUGGCGCAGAGCUAUGCAGAUGCAAAGGGCUGGCUCGAAAAGGCAGCGGCGCAGGGCGACGAGUUGGCAGCGCAUGAGCUAGGGAAGGUGCAAAUGGCACUGGCAGUCCAGGCACGAGGGCACAUCGCUAUGUUUAGUGGCCGCGAGGUUGCCACAGGCUUAGAGAAGAAUCGUUGA